UUGUCUAUAAACUUACAUCCUUUCAAGAUAAAUGCUUCUCUUGAGGACACCAAAUACUAAUCACACAUUCAUGGCAAGAAAAGGAUUUUCAUCUCUCUUCUUGUCAUCCUCAAAAACCCUUUCUUCUUCUCUUUCUUUUCCAAGCUCUUCCAUUCCUUCCUCUCCUGUUGUUCACAAUUUGACUGAAUCCAUGAUGGAAGAGAACAUAGAAAAUGCAGAGUUAAUCAUCAAGAAAUGGGAUCCAGACUCAUCAUCAAUCGCUCAUUUAUUCCACCAGAGAAAAGAAGCAAAAGAGUUCCUCAAAAGUGUCAAAGAACUUCGCCGAGCCAUGCACUUUCUAGUUUCUGAACAUUCAGCCUCUAAUAAGCUUGUUCUUGCUCAAAACCUCAUGGAAAUUGCCAUGAAAAGGCUUCAAAAAGAAUUUUAUCAGAUAUUGUCUGCAUAUCGUGACCAACUUGAUCCAGAGUCUGUUUCAGGUCUAUCUUCAGAUGGGUUGAGCAAUUCUGAAUACGAAGAUGAGGUUGAAUCAGAAGAAGAGAUUAAAAUAGCUGGUGAAUCAAUCACUAAGGUUGUGAGAGAGGCUACAAACGCCAUUUCUGAUCUCAAGUCAAUAGCUGAUUGUAUGAUAGGUGCAGGCUACGCUAAAGAGUGUAUCAAAAUAUACAAAUUGAUCAGAGAGUCCAUAGUAAAUGAAGGACUGUAUCUGCUUGGAGUUGAAAGGUUCGGGUCUUCUCAAAUUCAAAAAAUGAAUUGGGAAGUUCUUGAGCAUCUGAUCAAGAACUGGCUGAAUGCAGUAAAGAUUGCUGUGAAAACACUUUUUAGUGGAGAAAAAGCUCUAUGUGAUCUAGUUUUUUCUGCAUCUCAGACUAUCAGAGAAUCAUGCUUCACUGAGAUAACCAAAGAAGGUGCAACAAAUCUCUUCAGAUUUCCUGAACUCAUCGCUAAGAGCAAGAAAACACCAGAAAGAAUUUUCCUGCUAAUGGAACUCCAUGGAGCUCUCUCCAGUCUUUGGCCUGAGAUUGAACUGACAUUCAACUCUGAAUCAACCUCAGCAAUUAAAUUACAAGCUUUUUCUUCACUGCAGAGACUUGGUGAGUCAGUCCAGGCUAUUCUAUCUGACUUUGAAUCAACAAUUCAAGAGGACUCAGCAAAAACUCCUGUUCUUGGUGGUGGUAUUCACCCGCUGACUCAAAGAGUGAUGAAUUACAUAUCUGCGCUUGCAGAUUACGUUGGGAUUCUCUCUGACAUCGUCACGGAUAUUACUCCGUCGGGGAAUUCACCAUUGCCUGAAUCUUACUUUGAGAGUCCAACCUUUGAUGAUGGCUCAACCACAGCAAUCUCAGUCCGCUUUGCUUGGCUCAUACUAGUUCUUCUAUGCAAGCUUGAUAGCAAAGCAGAAGUAUACAAAGAUGCUUCUUUAUCAUAUCUAUUCCUGGCAAACAAUCUUCAAUUCACCAUUGAAAAGGUCUGCACUACUCGCCUUAAGAUCCUGCUAGGUGAGGAUUGGGUCAUCAAGCAUGCCAAGAAGGUUAAACAAUAUGCAGCCAACUAUGAAACAAUGGCUUGGGCAAAAGUCUUCUCAUCUUUACCAGAGAGAACUUCUCCAGAACUAUCACCUGAAGCAGCAAGAGAAUGUUUUCGGAGGUUUAAUGCAGCUUUUGAAGAAGCAUACAAGAAACAGGCAUCAUGGAUUGUACCAGAUGGGAAGUUAAGGGAUGAAUUGAAGGUAUCAAUAGCUAAAAAACUUGUGUCAGAUUAUACAGAAUUUUAUGGAAGGUAUAUUGUGAUGUUGAGUGGAGAGAAGAAUUUGGAGUUGUUGGUGAGGUUUGGUUCAGAUGAUUUGGGGAACUAUCUUUCACAUUUGUUUCAAGGAGUUGCAAUUUCAAAUAUUUCCUUAUCAUCUUCUUCAUCCCAUUGAUGUAUGCCCCGAUGAAGGUAAACUGACAGAACAAAUUAAUGCUGUA